GAAAUCAGUGAUGGUGAUGGUGUCUCGCGUGAAGGUAACCUCACACUGAUCACUGUUUGGUUUACCAGCAGGUAGCGCUGCCUCGCGUACACUGACCCGAAGAGGGGAGAAAAAAAAGUUUUGAGUGUUGCUCUGAGAUUUAACGCUUGCGCAGAACAGGUUGCCUGGCCAGUUCCUCUGGUUGACUUACCUGAGAGGUACAUACAUCAGUUUCGGUCAGUAACAGUAAGGAACUAACGCGCCGAGCCUGGACUCCGGCGAGCGCGAGGAGAAGUUCGAUUAAAGCGCAGAUACUUUUUUCAAACGAAGAAAUCGAAAGCACCGGAGUAUAUUCUCGUGGCUUCUGGCAGGUGCGCUCGUGUUUUCUUGCCCGUACGCAACGAGGAAACGAAGCUCGUGACAGGUCUCCGUUUCCCGACUUGUUCCCGCUGCAUUGAACGGCUCAGCCCGGUAAACGCCGUCUUUCUUCGUCGCGGAAAGCCUGAAAAAACAGCUGGAUGCCUUCCUCUUGAGCAGUCCGGUAUCAGUGCCGUUUUCACUGGUUGAUUAAAGCGCUGUCUCGCGGGGAAAAUAUGAUGGGCUUUCUGCGCAGGACGUUUAGCCGACGGUCAAAACGACGCUUUCGGACUUCAGAGGAGCUGGAGGGGGCCGGCAGAGGCGGAAACACAGUGCUUCAGGCGCACCAGCAGCAGGUGAUCCACGCGCCGAUCGUAGUGACCGGGGGAGCCGUGGUCCACAUCCCCGCCGCGGGCAACAGCAAAGACGCCAUCACAUGCAGAGUCCUGCUGCUGGACGGAUCGGAUGUCAGUGUGGAGUUACCGAAACACGCCAAGGGACAGGAUCUGUUUGAUCAGAUUAUGUAUCAUUUGGAUCUGGUGGAGGCUGAUUACUUCGGUCUGCAGUUCAUGGACCCAGAGCAGGUUGCGCAAUGGUUGGAUGCAGCCAAGCCCAUAAAAAAGCAGAUUAGAUUUGGACCUCCAUACAGAUUGUUUUUCAGGGUUAAAUUCUAUUCUUCAGAGCCCAAUAACCUUCACGAAGAGUUCACCAGAUAUCUCUUCGUACUGCAGCUUAGACAAGACAUACUGUCCGGCAAGUUAAAGUGUCCAUAUGAUGUGACUGUGGAACUCGGGGCUUAUUGCUUACAAAGUGAACUUGGGGAUUGUGAUCCACUAGAACACUCUGUUGUGUUGGUAUCAGAGUUUCGCUUUUCACCCAGACAGACAGAGCUGAUGGAGGCAGACAUCUACCACAAAUGGGUCGAGUGCAGGGGAAUGAGUCCUUCUCAAGCUGAGCUGAAUUUCCUGAAUAAAUGCAAGUGGCUGGAGAUGUAUGGAGUGGACAUGCACUUUGUGAAGGGACGGGAUGGAGGAGAAUAUGCUCUGGGACUCACACCAACUGGCAUUCUUGUUUUCGAGGGAUCCAGCAAAAUUGGUCUCUUCUUUUGGCCUAAAAUAACCCGUCUUGACUUCAAGAAGAACCGACUGACAUUAGAGGUGGUGGAGGACGAUGAGAAGGGCCGAGAGCAGGAGCACACGUUUGUGUUUCAGCUUUCGAGUUCUCGGGAGUGUAAGCAUUUAUGGAAGUGUGCAGUAGAAAGCCACGCCUUCUUCCGGCUCAGACAGCCGACCCACAACAAAAGAAACAACAGCGACUUCACACGCCUCGGCUCGCGGUUCAGAUUCAGUGGACGGACUGAAUAUCAGGCCACACGUAGUGGUAAAGUCAGGAGAGCAAGCACUUUUGAGAGGAGACCAAGUAAAAGAUAUCCCUCACGAGCCCAGUCUAUGGUCAAGGCCAUAACUCCAGUAAAACAUCCACAUCUAAGUGCUCAGGCCAGCCCUGAUUCAAGCUUAACACCGUAUAAGCACAACAUUCCAAUUGCACAGGAACCCUGGAAAAGACCACAUCCGUCAAGUCUGACCCCUCCCCUAUACGUACAGCCAUUGGAAAUGGGACACGUUCCACCACCACACAGUUUCCCUUUGAGCACUGCAGACACCCGGAGGUUUAGUGUGGAAGAGAACGAGGCUCCUCAUUUUGGAAAGGUCCAUCGCUGCUACCAUCGCCACGGAUACGAAAAACCGGAAGCACUGUGCCUCACGACAGCUAAACCUAAAGCUUGGGUCGUGUCUCCUGGGCUCCCGGAUGAGUUGGAUCGAGCUCUGCAGAACCAGCUAGAAGCAGAACCUGCAGCCUGGCCGGCUCUCCACAUCAACAUAGACAUGGCAGAGGAAAAACCACUUUCUGAGAAAAGUCUUCCUUCCUCCCCUGCAGUUUUACAGGAACAACUGAAGAGCAACAUCUCUAAACGUGCCACCCAAAGUGAUAGUGGAACCUCCAAGGGGAACUCCUCAAGUGGAGACCAAACUGACAGGUAUCCCAGCUCUUCACAGGAUUCAGGCUCAAGCAGUAUGAACACAGAGAAGCCCAGAGUGGAACGACGCAAACGCCUUGUCAGACAGUUCAGCUUUAACCAUAGUGAUGAAGAUGACCUCCCUGAGGCACUUGCAGCCAUCUCCUCCGAGUGCAAUAUCGGAAAAUCCUCCUCAAACAGCUCCUUGGACAAACAGGUCCAACCACCCAUAUACCCACCGCAGAAGGAUACGUCACAUUUAGAGCGUGACAACUCUCCACUGCUCUUUCCAAGUCCAGUACCUCACCUGCUUCCAUAUACUACACAUACAGAAAGCUCUGAAGACCUGCGGAUGGAGAGAGAGAAACUACUGAGGGCUCUGUUAAUGACAGAACUCUAAGACAACACAAACACACACACACACAACACAACACAACUGCUGACAGACCACAAAACCAAUAGACAACAAGAGCCCUUAAAGGAGUCAUAUGAUGCGAUUUCAAAUUUCUCCUUUCUCUUUGGAGCAUUUCAAGCUCUUGGUGCAUAAAGAAGAUCUGUAAAAUUCAAAGAGAUAUUCUUUAGAAAACUUAAGGCUUGUCCACGCCCUCCUAAAAAAAACCUAGUUUAAACACUCCCCCAAAAGUCUACGUCAGGAUGUGGGAAGAUUUGCAUAACACCGGCCAAAUGUUCACUCAAAGAAAGAAGGCUUACCUUUUAUUCUUGCUGUUGCUGCCGCUGCCAUGUUGCAGAGAUGCUUUGUGUAUCAUUGUGGAAGAGAAGCUCGUUAGUUUGGCCCUCCAAAGGAGGACGAUAUGCAUUUUGUUAUGCCUAGAGCUGAUCCAUGCUGGUUGCUGAGGAAAUGCAUCAACUUCGCAACUGUGGAUCGCCGGAUCAGCUUUCACUGUUUACGUAGCGGAGUCCAGCCUGUGGUCGUCACAUGUGGUUGCUACAAACUCACUAGCCGCUUCUUCCUCGAAUCCACCAGCCGUAUCUCACUCAAGUUUGUUUCAUUUUCGUAUUCAGAUGUGUGCAGCACAUUUUAUGGAGGACUGUUUCCUGAUCCUGCAGAACAGUAGCCUACAACGCGUCUGUGCUCAAAGGCUGUUUCUAUAAAGUGGGGCAGUUCCAACUUUGUAAGGACAGUCUGGCGCUUCUGACUCACAGCCUGUAUGUAGGCUACAUAUUUUAUAUUGAAAUGAUUUGCCAUUGAUGAUUCAAAUGCGAGUUUUUAGCAGUGUAGAAUAGCGCUUGUUGUUUGUCUUUUCUCCGAUCAGACAUGCAACACAACACGUAAAAAGACAGUCAUUGAUCAGUCAUCCACCCCACUGGAUGCAAAUGCCUCAGUUGUAAUGGGUUUUAUUGGUUUUGUCUCGUCGUGCCGGGACAUGGCAUUAUAGUAUGUUAAGUGGCGUAACAUUUCUGUCACACGCUUGAGUUAUUCAGCCAAUCACAAUGCACUGGAUAGCUGGCCAACCAGCAUACACGAUUUUUCAGGACGAUGAGCCUUGUAAACAUUGUGGCAUUUCAGAAAGGCGUUCAAAGAGGAGCAACAAUAAUGUACAUUAUGUGGAAAAUAAUGUGUUUUUUGAACCUUAUUACACCAAAUAAUGUUCUUUUUAGCAAAAUCAUAUGACCCCUUUAACUAAAUGCACUAAUUUCACUGUAUGAACCAUAACAAACCUCUAUGCUAUAAUAGCUGUUUUAGCAUUAUGUUAAUACCACACAGCAGUAUUUAAAGUGGUAAAAGCAACAUCUCUAUGUUCAUUGUUUAAUCUGAUUGGUUGAACUGUAAAUAAUUCUUUAAACUUUCCAAAUAUUUUUUAUAAUCUAUGGUUUCCUGAAGUUAAGGGGGCAGUUAUUUAAACUAGUCAGGCUUUGCUUAAAGCUGUCAGUGUAUAGACCUACUGUAUUUGGCUAUGUUCGGAAUAAAAUACUACUAUACUACGCAUACCGUUUCUGUAGUGUGCAGUAUGUAUACUGUGCACAAUAUGCAAAAUACCGGGAUGAUUGUAAGAUAAACAGCAGUACACUCCUGGGACACUAUCCCACAAUGCAAUGCAUUUUCAUUAAAAUAAUGUUUUAUUUCUGAAGUGAUUAGCGCCACUUAAGCUGAAAGCAUAAUGGGGUCAUGUAACAAUUUAUUGUACUUCUGUUUAAAACGUCCCCAUAUUCUAUUUUUAGACAGUGAAUGACCGUGUAUUUCGCAGUGUGCAAAUCAGUAUUUUAUUCUGAACGUGCUUAAAUGUCUUGCAAAGUUAAAGGUUUCUAAUAUAUAUUUAGUGAAAAAAAUACUGCUUUCCAUAAUAUACAUUUUCAUAUGAAAAUGCAGUUUUAUACAACAACCUAACAACAUAUUUCCGGAAGUGCGAUGAGCAGAGAUCAAGUUUUGAUGACUACAUUGCCCACCAGAGGGCAUUAAAUAUGCAUUUCAAGUUUGCCUUCUAGAAGUAGAUCUGGAGCAACAAAAUGAAAUGUAAACUUUUUAUUUUCUUGUUUACAACUUGAUUAUCUUAAGGGAGAGCAACUCAAGUGUUAAUAUUUUGAUAUGACUACACUUACUGAAAUAAAAUCUAUUUAAUGUAGCUCAAUCACUUCUCACUUUUUUUAAGUGUAAAUGUAAAUACAUACAUAGUGAGUCAGUCACUCAAUCCCUCACAAACAUUGUUAAAUUUCCUUUAUUUUAAGUUAUUAUAAAAUAUCAAAAUAAAAUAAUACUUUAUCCAAA